CCCGGCUUCGCCUCCCGCUGCUGCCGCUGCCGCCACAGCCGCCGCCGCCACAGUCGCCGUCGCCACAGUCGCUGUUUCCGCCGCCGCUUCCCGCGGCCUGGGCUUCCCGCCGCCAGCAUGCCGCACGCCUUCAAGCCCGGGGACUUGGUGUUCGCUAAGAUGAAGGGUUACCCACACUGGCCGGCCCGGAUCGAUGACAUCGCUGACGGUGCCGUGAAGCCCCCACCCAACAAGUACCCCAUCUUCUUCUUUGGAACACAUGAAACAGCCUUCUUGGGACCCAAGGACCUGUUUCCCUACGACAAGUGGAAAGAUAAAUACGGGAAACCCAACAAGAGGAAAGGCUUCAAUGAAGGACUGUGGGAGAUCCAGAACAACCCCCAUGCCAGCUACAGCGCCCCUCUGCCGGUGAGUUCCUCUGACAGCGAGGCCCCCGAAGCUGACCCAGCGGGCGAGAGUGAGGAUGAAGAGGACCGAGGGGUCAUGGCUGUCACAGCUGUAACUGCCACAGCCACCAGUGAUAGGAUGGAGAGUGACUCAGACUCAGACAAGAGCAGUGAGAACAGUGGCCUGAAACGAAAAGCGUCGGCCUUGAAGAUGUCGGUCUCAAAACGAGCCCGGAAGGCCUCCAGCGACCUGGAUCAGGCCAGCAUGUCCCCAUCCGAGGAGGAGAACUCAGAAAGCUCAUCUGAAUCAGAGAAGACCAGUGACCAGGACUUCACCCCUGAGAAGAAAGCCGUGGUCCGGGCGCCGCGGCGGGGUCCCCUACCAGGACGGAAGAAAAAGAAGCUGCCCUCGGCCUCCGACUCGGAUUCCAAACCAGAAUCAGAAGGCGCCAAGGGUCAGCCAGUGGCUCUGGCCAGGUCAGCCUCCUCAGCGUCCUCGUCAUCUUCCUCUGACUCGGACGUGUCCGCAAAGAAAGCUCCGCGGGGCAGGAAGCCAGCUGAGAAGCCUCCCCCAAAACCCCGUGGGCGUAAACCGAAACCUGAACGGCCACCGAGCUCAUCGAGCAGUGACAGUGACAGUGACGAGGUGGACCGCAUCAGCGAGUGGAAGCGCCGGGACGAGGAGCGGCGCCGGGAGCUGGAGGCCCGGAGGCGCCGGGAGCAGGAGGAGGAGAUGCGACGGCUCCGGGAGCAGGAGAAGGAGGAGAAGGAGCGGAGGCGCGAGCGGGCCGAGCGCGGGGAGGCCCCGCAUGGAGGCAGCGGGGGCAGCAGCGGCGAAGAGCUCAGGGAUGAGGAUGAGCCCAUUAGGAAGCAGCGCGUCCGGAAGGGCCGGGGCGGGGGGCCGCAGUCCUCCUCUGACUCUGAACCCGAGGCCGAGCUGGAGAGAGAGGGAAAGAAAUCAGCUAAGAAGUUGCAGCCACAAAGCAUGGAGCCCGUGAGGAGACCCAGCCAGAAGGAGAAGAGAGUGCGCCCUGAGGAGAAACCCCGAGCCAGGCCCAUGAAGGUGGAACGAACCCGGAAGAGGUCAGAAGGGUUCCCACCGGACAGGAGGGUUGAAAAGAAGAAAGAACCUUCCGUGGAGGAGAGGCUUCAGAAGCUGCACAGUGAGAUCAAGUUUGCCCUGAAGGUCGAUAAUCCGGACGUGAAGAGGUGUCUGAAUGCACUAGAAGAGCUAGGGACCCUGCAGGUGACCUCACAUAUCCUCCAGAAGAACACAGAUGUGGUGGCCACGUUGAAAAAGAUUCGCCGUUACAAAGCCAACAAGGAGGUGAUGGAGAAGGCCGCGGAAGUCUACACCCGGCUCAAGUCGAGGGUCCUGGGACCAAAGAUUGAGGCCAUCCAGAAGGCAGCCAGAACCGGGCCGGAGAAGGAGCGGGCCGAGAUGGAGAAGGCCGAGGAGGCGCUGGCUGGAGAGGUGGCCCCGCUGGAGAGGGCAGAGGAUGAGGCCAGCGCUGAUCUAGAUCUCUCAGCCUCAGUGAAUGGUGAGGCGACAUCCCAGAAGGGUGGGAACAUGGAGGACAAGGAGCAGGAGAAAGAACAGAAUUUGGAAGAGGGGCCAGUCGGGGGUUUCUGCGAAGACCUGCUACACAAUGACAGCGCGCGGGAGGGCCCUGACCUGGAUGGGCCAGGGAAGGACCGGCAGGAGCGCGAGAGGGUACGCGUGGACUCUGAGUCCCUGGACGACGAGGACAGCUGAGCCCCGGGCAGCCCGGCGGCCAGGCCCCGCCCGUCACGUAGAUGCCCGUAGGCCUGCCCCACUCCUUCCCGGCUGACCAGGGAGCAGAGAACUGUUGGGGAGACGCUGUGCUCUUCAUUUGUAUUCGUCCCUCUGGGGUUUUUUUCUGCCUAAUUUCUGUGAUUUCCAACUGACACAAAAUGACUAUAAAGGGUUUUUUUAAUGAAAAAAAAUUACUUUUA